AUGAAAGGAAGCAAUCAAACUUUCCUCUCACAGUUCCUCCUCCUGGGUCUGCCCAUCCAGCCCGAGUAUGAACACCUGUUCUAUGCCUUAUUCCUUGCGAUGUAUCUUACCACCAUCCUGGGGAACCUCACCAUCAUCAUCCUCAUACAACUGGACUCUCAUCUCCACACGCCCAUGUAUUCUUUUCUCAGCAACUUGUCCUUCUCUGACCUCUGCUUUUCCUCUGUCACAAUGCCCAAGUUGCUGAAGAACAUGCAGAGCCAAGUUCCAUCCAUCCCUUAUGCAGGAUGCCUGGCCCAAAUGUAUUUCUUCCUGUUUUUUGCAGAUCUGGAGAGCUUUCUGCUUGUGGCCAUGGCCUAUGACCGCUAUGUGGCCAUCUGCUUCCCCCUGCAUUACACCAGGAUCAUGAACCCUAAGGUUUGUGUGUGCCUGGUGAUGCUAUCCUGGGUGCUGACCAUGUUCCAUGCCCUGUUGCAUACUUUACUCAUGGCCAUAUUGUCUUUCUGUGGGGACAACGUGAUCCCCCACUUUUUUUGUGACAUGUCUGCACUGCUGAAGCUGGCCUGCUCUGACACUAGUAUAAAUGAAUUGGUGAUAUUUGUCAUGGGAAGCAUAAUUCUUGUCAUCCUAUUUUUACUCAUUAUUGUUUCCUAUGCACGAAUUGUAUCCUCCAUUCUCAAGGGCCCUUCUGCUCGAAGUAUUCGUAAGGCCUUCUCUACCUGUGGUUCCCAUCUCUCUGUGGUGUCGCUGUUUUAUGGUACAGUCAUUGGUCUCUACUUAUGUCCAUCAGCUAAUAAUUCUACUGUGAAGGAGACAGUCAUGGCUAUGAUGUACACAGUGGUAACUCCCAUGCUGAACCCUUUUAUCUACAGCCUGAGAAACAGAGAGUUGAAGAGAGCCUUUGGAAGAGUCCUUUCUAAGAAGAAAAUUGCCUUCUGA